CUCAUCAUUCGUGCUGCCUUAGACCGCCUGUUGACUGUUGAGCUUGCUGAAUGAAGCUCCCUGUUGUCACACCAUUUGUUUGUCUCAAAUAUUGAUACUGCUGCUCUCGAGCUCAAGUCCAAAAGGAAUCGCCAGAGCCGGUGUUCCGGAAUCUUUAUUUACAGAGGUGGGGUGCUGUGCUCGUUCGAGAAGAGCUUUGUCUAUUAUCAAGUUACUGAAGCUUCAUAAAGCACGCACUGAAUCUCCCUCGUCUGGAAUUGCUCCAUAUAGGUAGAACGAAUCUCAAAUCUCAACCAACAUGGGCAAGCCACGGCUCAUCAUCAUCAUUCGACAUGCGCAGUCCGAAGGCAACAAGGACAAGACCAUUCAUCAGUCAGUCCCUGAUCACAAGGUUGGCCUCACUGCCGAAGGACAUCAACAAGCUCUCGAGGCUGGCGAGAAACUUCGUGCUCUACUCCGCAAUGAUGAUACUCUUCAUUUCUUCAUCUCGCCUUACCGCCGGACUCGAGAGACAACUGAAGGCAUAUUGAAUGGGUUGACAUCAAACGACCCUGUCCCGUCUCCAUUUCCCCGAUCAUCCAUCAAAGUCUACGAGGAGCCUCGCCUGAGAGAGCAGGACUUUGGGAAUUUCCAGCCGGGUACUGAAGAAACGGAACGACUGUGGAGGGAACGUGCCGACUACGGUCAUUUCUUCUAUCGAAUUCCAAACGGAGAGAGUGGAGCCGAUGUCUACGAUCGUGUUUCCUCCUUCAAUGGAUCUCUAUGGCGGCGAUUCUCAGAGAACGACAUGGCAAGCGUGGCCAUCCUCGUCACUCACGGACUGUGCAGCCGUGUAUUUCUCAUGGCCUGGUACCACUAUAGCGUCGAAUUCUUUGAGGACUUGCGGAACAUCAACCAUUGCGAAUUUCUGGUCAUGAAACAUGGCCCCAACGGACGCUACGUGCUUCAAAAUCAGCUACGGAGGUGGUCGGACCUUAGGAGGGAACGAGCCGCCAGGAAGCAAAGCAUUUCAACUAUUUCUCCGCCCGUAGAUCCUAUUCCAGUGAGACGCUGGGCCUCCAAAAGGACAGCACACGAUGCGUCUGGCAGCAGCUUUGCGCCCAGACCAACGCGGAAGAACACUGCCGAUAUGUUCAAGGACGAACCAGAGGCUGACGAAGAAUCGGCUGGAGCCAAAUCCCAAACCACCCUUGGAGUCAAAGCAAGGGAGAUGCCCCGCAGUAAGAGCAGAGACACCGCGACAUCUCGGCCUCGAUCGACCAGCAACCUUCGAACCUCGGUGAGCGCCAUGUCCUUGGACGGAGGUAUCAAAGCCAGCAACAAAAAGGGGUUCUUUAAGUCAUCUUACCUGGGCCGAGAUGGCGGAGGCUCGAGAUCUGGAGCGGCCUCACCAUUCGGAUCUGAUGCUGACGAUAGUCCGGAAGAAACACCUGAACCAGAGGUGGGGUCGGAGCAACAGACAGAGCUGGCAACCACUCCAGUGGCCAAGGCAAGAUAUCCCAGAUCUUUGGGAGCGGCUCUCCGUGGCGAGUUUGACGACCCUAACCGAGUUCUGGCCGAUGCUCUUGGUGACCAAAGUGAUGCCGAGGUGGAUGAGGUUGAUUUGGAGCUUGGAACGAAGGAACGAGAAGAAAAGGAACAGCGACAGAUUCUAGAGGACGAGAGACUCGAGAGACGACAAAGUUCCGUUGCAUACCGAUGAUUGAACAAGAGAUGAGACAAGCAUGAGUUGAAUGGCAUAGAUGUGGAGUUAGCAUGGAAGCAUAGAGAAGCGCAAUCAACAUAAAAC